AUAGAUUUCAUUACCAUUUUCAAAACAUUAAUAAUAGAAAAAUGUCUUAUGGAAGCCAAUACACAAAACAACUAAACAAAACAAACAACACCUCAAAUUAAGGUCCCAUAAAAAAGUACAACUUCAGUAGAAAGUUCAUCCCACAAUUCAAAAUAUGUUUAUCAUAUCUGCAGCAUGAACAUUAGUUUUUCUCAAUCUUUAUAAUCUUCUUCAUCUUGGUUGAAGAAUGCUGCAAUAGGUCAUCAGAUUCUCCUUCCAUGGACUCACAAUUAAAACUCCUCUUUAAUGAAGAUUGGACAUCAUUCGGUGGAUCCUCAUUAUCACCAAUCCUUGCCCGAUUCUGCUCUUCUUCUCCUUUCUUCCCGCUGCAGCCAAAGAAAAAGAGGAACCCAGCCAUGCCUUGGAAAAUUGGUGAGAAAGCUUGGAGGUUUCUCCUUCCUUCUUGCUCUAGAACCUGAAUUGGAACCCAGAAAUUCUCCCCCCUGCAUAAAGCUUUCGGAUCUGCCUUGCUCUGCUCCUCACCGCCGGCUGCUCCUGCUUGUGGGGGGCGAAUUGCUUGGGUUUUGGGUACGAAACAGCCAUUAAAUCCCUUUGUUUUUCCUUGAAUUGGCUUGGGUUAACCUUAAUUGCUUUUGUUCCUCCAAUUUUUGGGAAACCCGUGAGUUCCCUGCAGAUUUGCCGCCGGCCUCUUCCCCCCUGCAGCUCCGGUUUUAGCUGGAAAAUUCUGGUAUGUGACAGCCAUUUAAGGCUUAAAUUAUCCAUUUAAAGUUGCUGCUUGUAAUGUCCAAAUUUGGCUAGGAUAUGGGGGAAAUUCCGGUAGCAAUUAAGAGGGAUUUAAGUGUGUUUUGUUGCUUAAUUCUAGUGAGAUUUAUGUGAUUGAGUGUUAGUUGGUUGUUGUGAUUUUUGGAGAGAAAAUACCGUAAGAUUAGCUAGUGUUUUGGCCAAUUUGUGGGAGUGGAGUUACUGUUCACGUCGGGGUACUGUUCACCGGUUACUGUUCACACCCCGAGGGCCAACAUUUAACGGGGAUUUAAAUGAUUAGUUUGUGAUAUAAGAACGAAUUUGGAGAUAUUUGAUUAUGUGGAGAUUGAUAGGAAUAGCAUCGGGAUUAGGAGUGAUCUUAAUGAUGAUUUCAGUUUGAAUGUGUGAUAGUC